ACGCAGAAGAAGAAGCAGCCGCGUCGCUGCGAAGCUCUCAGCACUCCGCUCGCGCUCACAAUGGAGAGACAGUCAGGGAGGACGGAGACGCUGUCCGCUGCCUGGAUACCGUAAAUCUCUUUCUUCGCCCGAGGGCUGUAAUCUGUUUAGGUUGACUCAGGAAUGCUUGACGUUUAGAUGGGUAAGCGGAAGAGGACGUAGUUAGAGGGGUAUGUGGCGAAAGCCGCGGGUUUAGUGGCAGUAAGACGCUUAGGCUCGAUGAGAGAGUGCGAGCCGGGGAUUCAGCGGGGGGCUUCAGUUUAAACCGGCCUACAGACACGUUUACACACGCACACAGACACACACACACACGCACGCACGCGCGUACAUACAGCGAGACAAGGGGAAGCAGGAGAACGUGGCGUUUUGUUGUUGUUGUUUAUGGUGGAAUGGCAGCCAGAAGUCGGAGAGCAUGGUUCAGUGUGCUUUUGGGUUUGGUGGUGGGCUUCACUCUGGCUUCCAGGCUGAUCUUACCCCGCGCCACCGAGCUGAAGAAAGCCGGCCAGCGGCGCAGCGCGAGCGGCGGGGGAAGCUGCGGCAUCAGCGGGCCGGUGAGGAGAGAGCGCGGCGGCGGCGGCGCGGGCAGGUGGCCGGCGCAGGGCAGCGGAAUGCUGCCGACAGAGAAAGCCGUCCAGAGCAGCCACAAUUUCCUCUUUGUGGGCGUUAUGACGGCGCAGAAAUACCUGAACAACCGCGCAGUGGCGGCUUAUAGAACCUGGGCUCAGACCAUUCCAGGCAAAGUGGAGUUCUUCUCUAGCGAGGGUUCAGACACGUCUAUCCCCAUCCCGAUCGUGGCCCUGAAGAACGUAGAUGACUCUUACCCUCCACAAAAGAAAUCCUUUAUGAUGCUCAAAUACAUGCACGACCACUACCUGGACCGGUUCGAGUGGUUCAUGCGAGCUGACGAUGACGUCUACAUCAAGAGCGAUCGCCUGGAGAGCUUCCUGCGAAGCCUGAACAGCAGCGAGGCCAUUUUUCUGGGCCAGACAGGGAUGGGUGCUCGCGACGAACUCGGCAAGCUGGCCCUGGAGCCUGGCGAGAACUUCUGCAUGGGGGGGCCGGGCGUGAUCAUGAGCCGCGAGGUGCUGCGCAGGAUGGUGCCUCACAUCCGCCAGUGCCUGCAGGAGAUGUACACGACGCACGAGGACGUAGAGGUGGGACGCUGCGUGCGGCGGUUUGCCGGGGUGCAAUGCGUCUGGUCUUAUGAGAUGCAGCAGCUGUUUUAUGAGAACUAUGAGCCGAAUAAGAAGGGUUACAUCCGGGACCUGCACAACAGUAAGAUCCACAAAGCCAUCACACUCCAUCCCAACAAAAACCCGCCUUAUCAGUAUCGACUGCACAGCUACAUACUGAGCCGCAAGAUCGCCGAACUUCGCCACCGCACCAUUCAGCUUCACCGCGAGAUUGUGCAGAUGAGCAGAUACAGCAACACGGAAGUGCACAAGGAGGACUUGCAGCUUGGCAUGCCUCCCUCGUUCAUGCGCUUCCACCCACACCAGCGGGAGGAAGUGCUCGAAUGGGAGUUUCUCACUGGGAAGUACAUUUUCUCCGCCUUGGACGGGCAGCCACCACGCCGCGGCAUGGACUCCUCCCAGAAAGUGGCACUGGACGACAUCAUCAUGCAGGUUAUGGAAAUGAUUAAUGCCAACGCGAAGACGCGAGGGAGAGUCAUUGACUUCAAAGAGAUCCAGUAUGGCUACCGGAGGGUCAACCCAAUGUAUGGAGCCGAAUAUGUGCUUGACCUGUUGCUACUUUACAAAAAGCACAAAGGGAAGACCAUGACAGUACCCGUCAGGAGACACGCUUAUCUUCAGCAGACCUUCAGUAAGAUCCACUUUCUGGAAGAGGACGAGAUGGACGCGCAGGCACUCGCUGCGAGGAUCAACCAGGGUUCGGACUCGCUGUCAUUCCUCUCCAGCUCCCUUAAGAAGUUUGUGCCUUUUAAGCUUAGCGGCUCAGGCACAGACCAGCAAGAACCCAAAGAGAAGAAGGUCAACAUCCUCGUGCCGCUGGCGGGACGUUUUGACAUAUUUGUACGCUUUAUGGCCAACUUUGAGAAGAUCUGCCUCAUCCCGAACCAGAACGUCAGACUGCUAAUUCUUCUCUUCAACACUGACAACAACACUGAGCGUAUGAAGCAAAUCGAGCUGAUGCGAGAGUACAGUGUGAAAUAUCCCAAAGCAGACAUGGAGAUCAAGCCUGUGUCCGGACCAUUCUCUCGCGCCCUGGCCCUCGAGGUCGGCUCUGCCCACUUCAGCAACGAUUCCUUGCUCUUUUACUGUGACGUGGACUUACUGUUUACAGCGGAUUUCCUUAAGCGCUGUCGAUCGAACACCGUAUUAGGAGAGCAGACUUAUUUCCCGAUCAUCUUUAGCCAGUAUGACCCGAAGGUUGUCUACGCGGGAAAGGUCCCAAGCAACAACCACUACGUGUUCACUUCCAAAACGGGCUUGUGGAGACACUUCGGCUUCGGCAUCGUCUGCGUCUACAAAGGCGACCUGGUCCAAGCGGGCGGCUUUGACGUCUCCAUCCAAGGAUGGGGAAUGGAAGAUGUGGACCUCUUUAACAAAUUUGUCCAGUCAGGGAUUAAACUGUUCAGAAGCACAGACAUUGGCAUAGUGCACGUACAUCACCCCGUCAUAUGUGACCCAAACUUAGAUCCUAAACAGUACAAGAUGUGCCUGGGUUCCAAAGCCUCAUCCCAUGGUUCAACACAGCAGCUGGCUGAGCUGUGGCUGGAGAAAAACGACCAUGGCUUCCGAAAGAUCUCUAGUUCAAACAAUGGCUCAAUGAGGACAGCAUAGGCCCUGCAAGCAAGGACCUCUACCUGCCUGUCUUCCCUUUUCUGGCGUUUUCAGCUACCUAAUUUAUUUUUUCAUUAAAAAAAAAAAUAUAUUAAAAUAAGACUUCUGUGGAUAUAUUUUGAAAUAACUCCUUUUAUAAAGUAUUCAUCAAACCAAGAUCAAACACAUUAUCAGUGGCAGAAAUCGGUUAUAAAAUGGACCCUCAAGUGGUGGAACAUCAAAGUGUCUGUUUUCUCACAAACCCCCCCCAAAAAAGCAGCAUUGUAUUUAUGGCACCUCAUGUGAGGACGCUAAGUAUACUGUGUACCUCAGUGAUGUGCACAUCACUCACUGUGUGUGUGCGUGUGCGUGUGUGUGUGUGUGUGUAAGUGUGUGUGAGAGAAAGGGGAGAGACUCUUUAACGAGGGUCUGACUUCAGAUGUGCAAACGUGGUGUUGAGGAACAAUUUAAUGUAUUAUUUGUGAAUGUUUACAGGAAGCCUCGCAAACAAGCGUUUGUUGGAAAAGCUGACAAAAUAACUAAAUUAUUGCAAUUAAGGGCCAUAAACCAUGUCUGCAUUUCUGUUGAUCGCUAGUUUUGUUUUUUCGGGGAGGGGGGUUUCUUGUAAUAACACUGUUUUUGUUUUUCUUUUUUGUUUUCUCCAUUUCAUUACUUUUGACUUAUGUGAACAGAACUGCUGGAUCUAGGUUUUGACUUUCCAACUCGUUCCCACUGUCUAAUUUAUUGAACAUGCAGUCUCGUGUAGUGCGAUCAGACUGCUGUUGUGUAGCGCGAACAGACUGCUGUUAGAUCGUGUUAGGUUGAUCCAUCUUGAUCAUCAACUUGUUCAUUUGUUGUUGUUGUUUUGUUUGUUUUUUUCUUCUCUCUGUUACUCAAUUAAUUUGGUUACCAAAGAUUUUUUGCACAGUUGCUGUAGGUAUUUGUGUGUGUUUGUGCAUUUGAGUGUGUGCGCGCGUGCGGGUGCACAUGCAGGCGGUAGUUGUGAACAUGAAUUUUUAGGAGUGAGGUACUGACAGUCUGAUUAUUUACAAUGCUCCUACAGCUUAUUUCAUUAGUCAUGUAGAAAUGGUCACAGUUUUUUUUGUUUUGUUUUUUAAACAUUUUUCAGAAGUGUCUCACCAAAUCUGCGAAAGGUUUUGUUUCUUUGUUUGUUUUUGUUUUUUUUGUACAACUUUAAUGUUGUAAAGCAAUCUGCAGGACCUUGAUUGAUCAAAUAUUUCUUUACGGUGGAGCCAUGCUGUGCGGAGCUACAGGGUGUUUACCCAGCACCUCUCCUUUGAGACUCAUGAACUGCUCUUCCUCAAUGUUACACACCAACUGUCUGGGGCUUAUUUUGUAUUUCUGUUCAGUUAGCCCCCAUCCAAUUGGGAAAAGGUUAUAUAUUAAUAAAUGGAAAAGUUUGUUAAA